AUGGAGCUGGGAGAGAUUAACAAGACACGCAUCGUUCUAAUCCCUAAAUUUGAUAAGCCUAAGAACCUCUCUCAAUUCCGUCCUAUUAGCUUAUGUAAUGUGCUCUACAAGAUUAUUGCUACAGCUAUCGUUGCACGCAUGAGGCCUUUCUUAGGAUUCUGUAUAGAUGAAGCUCAAGGUGCUUUUAUCCCUGGCAGGCAAAUCUCUGAUAAUACCCUUAUUGCUUAUGAGGUUAUUCAUUCUCUAAAAAUGAAGAAAAGGGGUAAACAUGGGAACUUUGCACUCAAACUAGACCUUAGCAAGGCCUAUGAUCGGGUGGAGUGGGACUUCUUGGCCGGAAUGUUGUCUAGGUUGGAAGGGCUCUCUUGUUUGUUGAAGGAGGCGAAGAUUAAAAAUGAACUAAAAGGUGCUCCGAUCGGUAGGGAAAAAUUUUCGAUAUCUCAUUUGUUGUUUGCAGAUGAUUGCAUCAUUUUUGGUGAUGCCGCGAUUGAUGGUGCUUGUUCUGUCCGUAAUAUAUUAAAGGAGUAUGAGUUAGCUUCGGGGCAAAAAAUUAACUUGGGAAAAUCAUUAAUUUAUUUUGGUGCGAAUGUGGGAGAGGAACUCCGUGCUGAGAUUUGUGGUACCUUAGGAGUUAGUUGGGCUUCGAAUCCGGAUAAGUACUUGGGCCUUCCAAUGAUGGUGGGGAGGAAAAAGAAAUGGGCUUUCUCCAACUUUGUUGACAGGUUUCGGAAGCGUAUUUCGGGAUGGAGUAUUAGGUAUCUUUCGAUGGGUGGGAAAGAAGUGUUUAUUAAGGCGGUUCUUCAAGCGCUUCCGAUUUACGUUAUGCAAUACUUUGAGUUACCUAAAACUUUUUGUCAUCAGCUUGAAGCCAAAGUGGGGUCUUACCUUUCACUUACCUGGAGAAGUAUUUGUAGUGCCAGGGAUGUGUUUGACGAUGGGUUGCUGUGGCGGAUUGGCAGCGGUGCGAGGGUGAAUAUUUGGAAUGAUCCGUGGAUACCGGGCCCUGGGAGUGGUCGACUGUUAGUUCAUUCUAUGGAUACCCAAUGGACCACGGUAGAGCAACUUUUAAAUGCAGAGACUCGUACCUGGAAUAAAGAGGUUCUUUAUCAACUCUUUAGUGUUGAACAAGCUGAGCGUAUCAUCACUAUCCCCAUUGCUGGGUGUGGAUCUUCUGAUUUGCAAGUUUAUUCUGGAGAAUACUCAGUUAAGAGUAGAUAUAGGUUGUUGAUUACAUGUACGAUCAAGCAAACAGUAUCUGAGAGUUACAUGAAAAGGCGAUUACGAGCUGAUCCGGUGUGCCCUCUGUGCAAAUCAGAGACGGAGGAUUCCCAUCAUUUAUUAUGGUACUGUAAUGUCCAGCAGCAGUUGUGGUCUCUUUUGAAGCUCUCAAUGGAUUCUGGAGUUUUGACCUCGGAUGGAACAUCAAACUUUGUCAGUGUCUUUUUAGCAAUGAACAUGAAUGAAAAGAAACUUAGUGCUAUCUCGUUAUGGGCUCUUUGGUACAAGAGAAAUAAACUAGUCAAUGAGGGUUUAAAAUUUAAGCUCCAUGAUUUGGUUGGUUUUAUUCAGAGCUAUCAUCAGGAUUUAAGUUUUGUUAAAACUAAAGAUCUGACUGGUGGUAUGAGAAGGAACGAGCUGUGGAGACCUCCUAUGGCCGGGGUUAUAAAGCUGAAUUUUGAUGCCUCGUUUGCAAGUAUUUAUAAUAGUUCUAUUUCAGCGGUACUUAUAAGGGAUUCUGAGGGUCUAAUCAUGGGUGCAUGUACAUACCCGAUGGUGGAUAUCGCAGAUGCUUUUGUGGCCGAAGCGAGAGCUUGUGAGAGGGCUAUCUAUUUUGCUCUGGACAUGGGUUUUAGGAAGGUAAUCUUGGAGGGUGACUCGCUAACAGUUAUAAAGAAAUUAGUCUCAAACAGUACUGAUAGAUCUGUUCUCUGUUUUAUUUCACAACAUAUUCAAAGUCUGGCAGGAGCUUUUGAAAAGAUCACUUACAAUUUUAUACCCAGUGAGGCGAACAGAGCGGUGCAUGAGCUGGCGAUGAUAGGCCGAAAACAAAAAGCGCCUUGCUUUUGGGUUGAAGAGGCACCUGCAAAGGUUGUCGAGGUAGCGGAGUUAGAUCGCUAUGAAUGGUCUCGUCGGGGCUGCUUUGGGAGUGGGCUUUGA